UUUGUAAAAUACCUGACAAUGAGAUACCAAUUGUCAUAGCCAGGUACUACGAUUCAGACUUAUGGGGGUGAGUCCGGUCCGUACGUCCCCAUGGCCCACGAGUAACUGAGCCAACCGUACUACGGUGGUUGGGAGAGAGAGUCACCUUAAGACGCCCGCCAACCCCACACACAUAAGCCAAUCUGUCCUAUACCAUGACAGUUAGUACCAGCGGUAGUACAUUCGGCCAUUCCUGACUUUUGUGACGUCCUCGGCACAAGCUAGGAAAAGCAAGACAGAUUGACCGAAUUUUCCCGUGAUCUUCGACCAGUAUACUUCGCAAUGAAUGCGAUAACAACUGCGGUCCUUUGUAUAGAGUACAAGUCUGUAUUAGACAACAACUCUUUGCACAAACUGAAGAUCAUAUCAAAAUGUUCCAGUGGAACCUCUUCCGACCAGUAUACUUCGCAAAGAAUGCGAUAACAACUGGGUUCAUGUGUUCUAGAGUGCAAGCCCGGCACAGUGGACAACAACUCUAUAGACAACUGGAAGAAUAUAUCAAAUUGUUCCUAAUGGAACCGUACCUGGUAGUCCAAGUACACAAGGGUUCUGUUUGAUUUAGUACGCCAGUGCACAUGACACAAAAUCAUCACACCCAUGAACCUACAGAAGGUUCUCUCAACACAGCUUUCGCCAUGUUACUUGUUUCUCAUGGAACAUAUGUCUAGACUUAGCUUACCCAGUUCCAGGAACCGUAAGCUCGUUCCAUAGAGACUAGUGUCUCCGAGAAACCAUUCGCCGUAUGACUAACUAUCAAGAACCUUGGACCUAAAUCUUGGAUUGAUGUUAAUCAAUACGACAUUUCAGGUUUUCAACGUAACAGGCCCACCAUGCAAGCAUGAUGCCUCUCCGCGAAAACCUCGUCAUGCUUUAUCUACACCAGUAUCAUUUACUCACAGACUCAUGAUUUGUCUCUCUAUACCAUCCGAUCAACGAAGACUCAUGAAUGUUGUCUUUAGUAUUAACUGGUUGCAUAGAUACAUGACCUGAAUGUCUUGUCUAGCUUACAAUGCGUCCAUUGAUCGCCCAGACUACCUUCCUAUUCAUCCAUUCUACCAUAUCUACUGAGACAUCAGGUUGGUUCUAUGGAUGCUUGAAGAGCCAGUUUAUCACAGUAUUUCUACUGAUCACAUAAACAUAGCGAAUUGCUCUUCCAUGUGCACAGGCACUUUUCUCUUCUCCUGAUACCUCACUAUGCGAAACCAUAACCUCAGAGAACUUCCUUUCGCCCAGGUAUCCAAUGCUUCAGUAAACCUGAUCAGAAGAGAAACGCUACUUCGACACACUACCUCUUAUCCGUGCACUAUACUGCCAGCUGUAACUAUGCUAUAACAACAAACAGCUCUUGAAUGGCAGAGGUAUAUUUCUCUUCGCCUGAUACAACACAACAAGCAAAAACAACAAUCCCAGAGGACUUCUUUCUGCUCAGUAUCCAAUGAUUUCGAAACAUCGAUCCGAAGAGACUCAUACACUUCACCCUACGCCACUCAUCAGCCCUUGCCACCUUGCCAUGCUGUAAUUUUAUAUGAUUCAUGGCAUGCCUUGACUUGUGGAGCAGAUGAUUCUCAUAGACGUAUCCGGGAAUUCCAGUUGAUCCCUCCAUUCACUGAAGAAUUCCUCCCUUCCUAAACAUCAAAUGUCUAUAUUCCCUCCUUGGUUUUUCGACCUUUGGCACAUCCUCUUCGUCUCGGACUACCCUGUGAACAAACCAUCCGAUUCUCCUCACUUCGGAGAAUUUCUAGAACCUCUUAUUUCUCGCUCGGCUUGUUCUAACAUCCUGACCAAAGACGCGUAUCAUUAAUGAAAAACCACCAAGAUCCAGAAAUCCUCAUUUAAAAUGGUUACUUCUUUCCUCAACAAAUCACAUUUGCAGAAUUUUCGAACCGACAUUUUUUUUUUUAAUUGCAACCAAUUUUUCCUUCGUCUCCUUUGUUGCCUAAAAAACCAAAAAUCAGAAUUCUCCAAUUUUUUUUAUUUAUUUAUUUUUUUUUUUUUGCAUUUCAAAGAAUUCAACCAAUUCUUCAAUUCUUGAAAUUUUCAUUAAAAUUCCCUUUUUUUUCGAAUUCCAUGAAAAUUUCAACUCAUUGGUUCUUUCUAAUUCUUAUGCAACUCAAAACCUCUUCCUUUUUAUAUUAAAUCGGGUUCGAUCUAAAAGAUGAUUUCCCGCAUAGACUACAGCUGAAACAUUACAAAAUCACACAUUAUAAUACACGGAAUAAAAAAAAAAACAUAAUUUAUUCCGUUGACAGCUGUAAAGGAAUCUUCCAUUUAACAUUCUCUUAAACUUAACAUGUUAUACAUAAACAUAAAAUUCAUCAAGAGAAUGACAUGACAGGGGGGGAUGAAAAGCGCUUUUCAUGGGAAAUAAUUAAAAAUUUUCAAUGAUUAUUUUUAUAUGGAGAAUACCACUCUCCAACACAUUGAAACUACUUGCUAUUUCCCUUCCUUUACUCCGCAUAGGUUGCUGCAUACGUUCCUUUUCGCCGCACCAUCAACGCGUGUCGGGACUGCCGCACGGUGCCUCGUUAGUGUGUGUGUAUGUGUUUCCACUUGUCGCGACGAACACGUUGCGUAGCUCUUCGACGGCUCCGCAGCACACAUACAUGCACGCAGUUCCUUGCGCGCGCUGCUCGUUGCUGUGCUCUCACUGUCGCUCACACAUACACACACACGUCGCUUCGCUGCGCUCUGCUGCAAGUUACACACACAGGCUGUGUGGAUGUCGAAAUGACGUCCGGCCCUGAAGUUUUUAAAAAGAAGAAGAAGAAGAAGAAGUUACACACACACAGAGGAAAGUGCCGUUAUACGGCACUCAACACAUUUUGCGCAUAAAUUUCACGCACGAAAAUGUCACAAUUUUCCACUCGUGGCGGUUUUUCCCGACAGGAAAACUAUGAACGGCACUCACGGGUGCCUCAACGCGAAUAUUCCACGCCACAAAAGUCCCAAACGAUCGACUUUUUUCCGCGAAUUCCAUACGGCGACGUCAAAGUGACGCCAUGGAAUUUUUCACUCGCGAAUUUCACUCUUUUUAACACUUCUCGCACGUUCCACUUCCGCGAACGUUAUUUUUGGGCGUAUUCCACUUCUGAAUUGUAAAAUACCUGACAAUGAGAUACCAAUUGUCAUAGCCAGGUACUACGAUUCAGACUUAUGGGGGUGAGUCCGGUCCGUACGUCCCCAUGGCCCACGAGUAACUGAGCCAACCGUACUACGGUGGUUGGGAGAGAGAGUCACCUUAAGACGCCCGCCAACCCCACACACAUAAGCCAAUCUGUCCUAUACCAUGACAGUUAGUACCAGCGGUACUACAAUUUAAAGUAAACAGUCUUUAUUUUCUGUUAAAAAAAGCCAUAAAAAAUAUUACGUAAUUAAAAAAAACUAUGUGUCAGAAAGUUUUUAAAAAAAAGUCAACUAAAUAUGUACAAUGAUAUAAUUGAGAGUCAUAUAAGUGCUAUUAUACUCUUCUCUCCAAUGCUAAUCUAUUCACAAAACUUCUUAUGUACAAAGCCGUACGUGCUUGGUGUGAUUGCCGAGUCAUUCGGUGUACAGUACAGACACACACACAUAUUCUAAGUGAAUUCUAUGAUAAGAAAUCAUUAUAAUUCUUAUGUGGAGACUUUAGACAUUGCGAUAAACCCCCUAUGUACACCGCCAUAUGAUCCGCGAUUGUUUCAAUCAAGACGGGGCAGUUGCUUCUGCGGUGCUGAAAGUGAAACUCACGUAUUUUUGUCCAGCGAACUUUAUUUAAAUUCCACCACAAAGACACAUUCACCAACGAGAAGAAGAUGUCCACAUAUGACGAUAUUAUGCAAAGAGCCCAUGCCGCCUUUGCGAGUGGCAAAACCAGAGAUGUGGACUUCAGAGAGAAGCAAUUGAAACAACUGAUGAGACUCUAUGAGGAAAAUCAAACGGAGAUGGAAGCUGCACUGGCGGCAGAUUUGAGGCGUCACAAGCAGGAAUCAGAUAUUUUGGAAAUUGAAUUUCUCAAGAAUGAUCUGACGAAUACACUGAUUAAUUUGCGGGAUUGGACAAAACCAGUAAAGCCUGAGAAGACUUUUGUAAAUAUGCUGGAUGGCGUAUAUAUCUACAAGGAACCCUUCGGUGUGGUCCUGGUGAUGGGAGCAUGGAAUUAUCCACUCCAAUUGACCCUCUUGCCCGUUGCAGCGGCAAUUGCGGCGGGAAAUUGUGUUGUUAUCAAACCCAGUGAAGUAUCACCGAACUGCGCAAAGUUCAUUGCCGAUAAGGUACCUCGGUAUCUGGACAAUGAGUGCUACCCUGUAAUCUUGGGCGGUAUCCCAGAGACGACAGAGCUGCUGAAGCAGAAAUUUGACUAUAUCUUCUACACGGGUUCCACACGUGUGGGAAAAAUCGUUCAUGCGGCUGCCAAUGAGAACCUCACGCCGGUCACACUGGAAUUGGGUGGAAAGAGCCCAUGCUAUGUGGAUGGCUCAUGCAACAUUGCCUAUGCAACACGACGAAUUCUCUGGGGGAAGCUCAUUAAUGCCGGGCAGACGUGCAUAGCCCCUGACUAUAUAUUGUGCUCCAAGGAAGUUCAGGGGAAAUUCCUCGAGGAAGCACGAAAGGUUCUCCUUGAGUGGUAUGGGAAGGAUACGAAAAAUAGCCCAGAUUUGUGUCGUAUUGUCAAUUCACGCAACUACCAGCGUCUUGUGCAGCUCCUUAAAUCGGGAACUGUAGCCCUGGGCGGGAAGACGGAUGCCGAUGAGAGAUUUAUUGAGCCAACAAUUCUCAUUGAUGUGAAGGCAACAGACCCAAUAAUGCAGGAGGAGAUCUUCGGACCGAUUUUGCCCAUUGUCAAUGUCGAGAAUGCAUAUGAUGCCAUUAAGUUCAUCAACUCAAGGGAUAAACCUCUAUCUCUGUACAUCUUCUCAGAGAAGAAGGAAGACUCCAAAUUAUUUUUAAAGAAUACCUCAAGUGGUAGCGUCUGUGUCAAUGAUACAAUUAUGCAAAUUGGAGUUGAAAGUCUGCCUUUUGGCGGCAUUGGUAUGAGUGGAAUGGGAUUCUAUCAUGGAAAAUUUUCCUUCGAUACAUUCUCCCACAUGAAGUCGUGCCUCGUGAAGAAUUUCAAUCCAAUUGGCGAGAAAUUGGCUUCAGGAAGGUACCCACCGUAUUCUGAGAGCAAAACCCAAUUUUUGGCCUCACUUAUGCGCAAAAGACGUGGAAUUCCAACAAAAUAUCUCUCCCAUUUAUUUGCAUUCGGCUUGGGAGUUGCUGUUGUAAUCCUAACAAAUGCAUUAUUGAAGGUAAAUGCUAGGAAUAGAGCUUCGUGGAAUAUGCUGGUAAAAAUACAAAAUGCUUUUAACUUAUUCUUCCAGAGAUCCCACAACUAAAACACAAAAAAUGUAUUCUUGUUUGUCCAAAAAUGUUCUUAAUUUUAAAUGAAAAAAAAAAAAAAAGAAAUGUAAAAGUAUGUAAGGUCUGGCGAGAUUUGCGAUUGAAUUAAUUCUUUUUAUUAAGUUUAUUAAUGGAUUUAAGGGUAAAUUACAGUGCAUGUUUUGAGAUUUUAAAGUUAAAGCUCCAUAAAUCGCAAUUCCAUAAAAAUCUUUUCCUAUCAAUUACACAUUUUGUAAAAUAAAGCUCUAAAAUCACAAA